CUGAUGACAGUUGACUGACAGUUUCACAAUACAAAAUCACGAAACUCGAUUUUCUUUUCGUAAUAAAACGAAAAAUACACAGAAAUGCGAAGAGAAUUUAUACUACUUUUGUUAGGUAUAAUAUGUGUAUCAACUUUAUCGUCUAUGUUAUCCGGAUAUGUGCAAAUUGAGGCUGAUAAAGUGCUAUUAGACACGGUGGUCGGUGCGGUGGGAGCAGGAAACUUUUCUUAUUGGCAAUUAGGGCAUACCGGGCCUUUAUUAGUGGAACUAACGUCUUUAGCGGGUGAUGCGGACCUGUAUGUGUCUGAUACAAUCAGGCCAAGCUAUGAGGUUGAUAAGAACAACUUCAGCUCUGCUACAUGUGGUCCGGACCUUGUCAACAUUCCUUCAGACUUUCCCAGACCUAUAGGUAUUGGAGUCUUCGGGCACUGGUCGCACCACCUCUCGGAGUACAGUAUCCAGGUGUUCCUGGACGCUUCGGCCAUUAUGGACUCCUCGUUGCUUCUGACUGGUGACCGCCAGUCUGGGACGGAUCGACCUGAACUCUCAUUUUCAGAACUGGAAAAGAGAAGCAGAGAGAAGCCAUCGCGGAAGUCAGAGGAGGAAAAGCCACGGUUCCUCAAGUUGUUGAGCAUUUUGGACAUGAUAUUCGAGAUGUUUGUGUUAUAAUUUUUGUGUAUAGCUUUGAUUUAGAGGGAUACGUAUUACUCAGUCGGUGCCUGAGGUAUGUAUUAUUAUUCUGUCUAAGGCGAUUAUCACACUGCGCCGCGCUCCGCCGCGGUACGCGGGACGACAGAU